AUGUCUACCUCGACACCGGAAGGCGAAGCUCGCAGUAUUGCGGCCAGUAAACAAGAAGCAUUGAGAGCCCUGUUCAAUUCACUCGUCCCGAGUGGACAGAUGACUAUUCCAGAUGACACCAAUCUAGAUAGACUUGCGGAAAAGUUGGACGAACUUCUUGCAAGUAAAGGUGGACUCGACGCUUAUACUAAUAUCCCUCGUGAUGACCAGGGCAGGCCUCUGAACGAGGAAGGCUUGCCCAUCAUGGAGAUAAUAGAGCCUAUCACUAAUGCAAAUGACUCAGAGACCCAAUCAUCACUCGCGGACAUCCCAUCUUCCUCAACAUCUGUGUCAGGUCAACCACUAUUAUCUCCUCUCCCCAGUUGGGCACUCAGUCCAGCGGCACUUGCCGCCCGCCGACGAGAACGGGACAGGAUCCUCGAUAUAUUGGAAAGAGAAGAGGAGGAAGAAUUUGCUCGGGAGGCUGGAGCCGCGGUCACUUACGAACCAACCGACCGGAACUCCACUGUAUCCCACUCUGUACCAACGACGCCACCGCGUACAUUGGAUCAGGUAGUCCGGAGUUCUACUCCGAUCUCUAGGCCCACUGCGUCCUUACCAAUAAGCUCUAGUUACGAGGGGAGCUCCCAACCCUCCGGUGACUCGGCCGCCCAACCUUCUCGAGAGCCUCUCACGACACGCAAACCCAAAAAACAAAAGAGCGUUUCAUUUGUUGAUCCACCGUCAAAUGAUCAUGACGAUCGACCUCGCGCUCCGAAGCCAGAACUCGACUGGGGGGAUGUCAUUCCUGUACAGCUUGGCUCUCGUAAACCAGGCCCUGCCAAAGGGCAUGGGGUUAUGAAAGAUCUUGUCAUCGAACGCCCAACGGGACAAUCGGCCAGCAUCGUACAUAGAGUGGUCGAUUCGGACGAUGAAGACGAGCACGAGGAAUUAAAUGGAAUUCAUGACGUGCCCGAGGACGAAGACUCAGAAACAGAGGUCCCCAAGGAGGCGUUUGGCCAGCUAACGACAUCUGAUGAUAAGCCUGAUACGGACCCAGAAGAUCCCGCACAAAGCAUAGAUAUUGAUGACACGGAUUUUGAUGAGGCCAUGUUACAGCGGGAAAUAGCACUGGCGUAUUAUGCCCGCCGAAAUCAGAUAGGUACGGAUAUAGCAUCCGGCCCAUUGUUCAAUUCAUCGGCUAUGGACCGCACCGUCAAUCAUGAUGAGGGCAAGGAGCAAUCUGAUGGAGGAGUCAUGGAGGCCAAUUCUUCCCGAUUCCUUCGGGCGGCGGUUGAUGGCGAACUGGUGGCCGAGGCUAUUGCGGACAAAGAAGUCGAGGCAUCAGUUAAUACACUUGCUGGUGGAGGUGAUGCUGACCAAGAAGACAUGACCGAAAAGAUGAUAGAGCUACUUCGACAAGGCGAUACCUAUGUUGGUGACGACCAUGCUACCACCGAACCCAAACGCUCUAUUAAACACGCUCCAGGGAAGAUGCCCGCCACCGUUCUCACAGAUGCCCGACCAUCCGUAUCCAAUCUCACACCUCCACGGUCAAUAAUGAAGCAACAAGGCACUAUACGAAGAGCCAACCCUCAAUCAAACCUGGCUAACUUAGGUUCUGCAGCUAUAGGCCAUACAUCACUUCCUGGACGAGCGAUUCCUCCUCCGCCGACGGUUGAUCAACCGAUGAUCAUCGAAUCUGGGUUCGGGUUUGAUCCAGCAUUUCAGGUCGCUCCCCGCCCGAAGCCUAGUGGUGCAAAAGCGGUUGCUCCCAUGUCUGAAUUGGUGAAAGAGCGAAUCACAGCCCCGAGCGCUGCAUCAGCAGCACCAAAGAAAAUCUCGCGAUUUGCUCAGUCUCGGGGAUCGAGCCAACUACCCACGUCUCAAAUACCUAUCUCCCCCCCAAGUAGUAGCCUCAAGACCCCAACUACUGUAGGUUCCGACGUGCUUGAACGGACACUUAACUCGUCCGGCGAGGUGGAAAAAUCAGAACCACCAAAACGGAUGUCCAGAUUUCGUGCCGAAAGGUCUGGUUGGAUGUAA